AUGGUUCUUGCUGCUGCCUCGUUUUGCGCUCAGCACCGAAAAAUUAGAGACAGGAAGCAGGGCUGGUUGGCCUGGUGUAUCACGUCAGGUGUCUUCGAUUUUCCGAAUGCAAGUAACACCUGUGUACUAAAAAUUAAAGCCUUCACGAAGAGCACCUUCUACGCCACUCCUCAAAAACCACUCUGGAGAACGCUCCGCAACAUCUCCAUUGCCAUCAUCGUCCUCGCCUGGAUCAGUCUCAUCGCCGCCACCAUCGCCAUCAUCGUUGUCCAUCCGCGAUGCAAAUCUCCACCCGCCAUAAGCUGGUGGCAGAAGUCCGUAGUGUACCGGGUAUACAUCCGCAGUUUCCAGGACUCCGACAAUGACGGCGUGGGUGAUUUGAAAGGAGUGACUUCUCGCCUGGAGUAUCUGAAAGACCUCGGUGUAGAAACAAUUUCCCUCUCCCCUUUCUACGAACACGACCAGUCAGAGAACGAGUUCAGCGUGUUAAACCACACCAUGAUUGACAGUCAUUACGGUACCAUGGCAGACUUCCAAGAAUUGGUGAAGGAAAUUCACAAUCAUGACAUGCGGCUGGUCGUGGACUUCAUUCCUGGAACAACAAGCAAACAGCACAUGUGGUUUACAGAGAGUGCCAGCAGUAGCGACCAGGCGAACAAUUACAGGAACUAUUAUGUCUGGAAGGACGGAAUAGAUGUGCCUACCAAUUGGAGUAUUCUAGAGUUCUGGAUGGACAACGAUGUGGAUGGUUUCUUUGUGAGGAACAGCGCCUACCUGUUUGUAGAUGACGACCUUCGAAAUGAAGAACCUUUGACAAACCCGCCAACAAACAAUCCAGUAAGUCAUCCAUACUACCUGGGCCUGACUUUACAACAGUGGACCUUACCUUACCUAUAUAGUCAUCACUCAAUGUUGAUUGCGGACAUCCGUGGCAGUACAGAACAGAGUUUGGCUUACUACGGCAGAUUUGGCAGAGAUGGUGUAGAUAUCUCUCUCAAUUAUGGCCUAAUUCCUGUCACUGUUGACUGCAAUGGCGCAUGCGUCAAGAAGCAUUUAGAUUCCUGGUUGACGAAUAUCCCAUCGGGCCAGUGGCAGACCUGGAUGGUUGGAACUGAAGACACGUCCAGGGUAAUGAGUAGAACUAACAGCUCAUUGGCUAGAGCUCUGACGAUGCUAACAAUGUUCAUGCCUGGAACUCCAGUGACGUACUACGGUGACGAAAUAGGAAUGACUGACGUCAUGCACACACCUCCAAAUGCUUGGUCCAUGGAUCAACCAAUGCGAUCGACAAUGCAGUGGAGCAACACAACAGGCGGAGGCUUUGCCUCAAAUUGUUCAUCCAACUGUUCCCCGUGGAUACCUGUUAAUCCAAAUUAUGACCUGACAAAUGUUGAGUUUCAAGAAGAAGACCCAGAUUCAGACUUGGCGUUCUUCAAGAAUCUGAUCAGUGCCCGUCAGAACCCCACAGUGCUGCAUGGUGACUUUCUAUACGUCGUCACGAAUGAUAAUCUCCUGUCUUUUCGCCGGGAGUUUGAUGGCCUGACAAACUACCUCGUCGCCAUCAAUUUCGGCUCCGGGAAGGUGAAGCAGGACUUUCGCCCGUCUGAAAGCGUAACAGAAGCUCUGGUAGAAGCAGUUACUAGCUCUACAGGUUCCUUGCAGUUGGGCGACACAGCGGACCUGUCUGGGAUUGAACUUGAUCCCCUGGAAGGCGUAGUCCUGUCGUGGGACUAUCAGAUAAAGCAGUACUAAGCCUUCUCUAUGCGAUGAGGCUUCAUGCUUUUAUAUCAAAGCGAAAUGUUGAAACAUAAAUAUGCAUUUCAGAAAAAUCCAAGUAAAAGGCGUCCAAAGUUUAUAACAAUCUUCUCAUAUUUAUGUUGAAAUAUUGAAAUAUUCUAAGGUCAUUUUUUUUUAAUUCUAAUCGGAAAAUACGUCCAUUUUAAAAUUGUAUUUUUGUACGCAUUUAUAAAUCUCCUGAAUUAUAAUGGAAUAAACCUAAAAGAAUUCUUGCCUAAGGAAGGUUUUAGGAG